CGCCGCGAGCCUGGCCCCGCCCCCGGCCCGAGGGAAACAGCGGAGGCGGCCGAGGAGGAUCCAUCACGCCAGACCUUCAAGCACUUUGUGCCAAAUCCUUACCACUUGCCUCAUGAGUCCAAAUCAUGAUGGACGCCAAGUAUGUCCUCUGCAAAUGGAGAGAGCGAUUAUGGCCUGCAAAGGUUUUGGCCAGAACUGAGAUGUCAACAACAACUAAGAGAAAAAAGGAAUUUUUUCUGAAUGUUCAAAUACUCUCCGUAGACAAAAAAGUGAGGGUGAAGAGCACGAAUGCCCAGACCCUGAGGAGGUCCCACAUCGAGGACAUCGCUUCCUUACUGGCCUCACAGAACAAGGCUGCUGCCGAACCCAUGGAGGAGCUGACCUACAGACGGUCGCUUCGAGUGGCUCUGGAUGUUCUGAACGAGAGAUCCUGUCUGCUGCAAGAAAGCUGCUCAAGGGAGGAAGGGACUGCUGGGUCUGCAGGAGAGAAGCACACGGGACCGGCCGCCUCGCUUUGUGACCCCAGCUCUUCAUCUUCUGUCCAUGAAGUUGUGUUGGGCAGUUCCGGACUGGAGAGGAGGGAACGCAUACAUCUGAGGCUGGCAGGCUCUCCAACUUGUGAGAAAGACCCCAAGUGCCAAGUGGACCACAAGAAGGGGCUCGGGGAAAGCGAAAGCCCACUUGCCCUGGUGGUCUCAGCUGGAGGUGGUUCUCGGGACAGGAGUGGAUCAAGCCUACACCUUGAAAAUCGGACGAUCCCAAAUAAAAGGGGAAGAAGCUCGGCACAGGAGCCCGGCAGGUGUCAGAAUGGCCCUUCAGUUUCAGAGGGACAUCAGGAAAGAGAGAACGAGGAAGAGGCGGGCGGCCGGGCAGCCCUGAGCUCACCUGCCCGAGUUAGGGAGCAUGGUCUGUGGGCCAAGGGGCGCUUCCCGGCUUUGCCAUGCCCCACUCUGCGCCCAGUUUGCCCGGAUGCGCGAGGCUCGCCUGCCAAGCAGCUGUGCCGGGAUGGUGACCAGAGGUCAGGGCCCCAGGACUGCAUGACUCUGCGCAGCGCCACCAGGCGCGGCCCGCCUGCCCCCCGCACACCUGCAGACAACACAAGGCUUCAGGCCCUGGAAGGAGACCGUCCAUCUUACGAAGAGUCAGUGGAGCUUGACCCGGUUAAUUCCAUUCUGGAGGAGGAGGAGGAGGAGGAGCCCCCGAGAAUCCUUUUAUUUCGCGAACCACGUUCGUUUGAAGUAGGAAUGCUAGUCUGGCUUAAAUACCAAAAAUACCCCUUCUGGCCAGCAGUGGUCAAGAGUAUCAGGCGGAGAGACAAGAAAGCCAGCGUGCUUUUCAUCGAAGGACACAUGAACCCCAAAGGGAGAGGCAUCACGGUGCCUCUUAGAAGACUGAAGCACUUUGACUGCAAAGACAAGCAGGUGCUUCUGAAUGAGGCCAAGGCGGACUUCAGCCAGGCCAUCGGCUGGUGCGUGUCCCUCAUCACCGACUAUCGGGUCCGGCUUGGCUGCGGUUCCUUCUCCGGCUCCUUUCUGGAAUACUAUGCCGCUGAUAUAAGUUACCCCGUCCGCAAGUCCAUCCAGCAGGAUGUCUUGGGGACCCAGUUCCCUCAGCUCUGCCAGGAGGACCCCGAGGAGCCUGCGGCCAGGAGCCCUUGGGGCAGGAGGCAGUCCUGCAGGAAAGUCCUGCCUGACCGGUCACGGGCUGCCCGGGACCGGGCAAAUCAGAAGCUGGUAGAGUACAUCGUGAACGCAAGGGGCGCCGAGAGCCACCUGCGGGCCAUCUUAAAGAACAAGAAGCCGUCCCGGUGGCUGAAGACAUUUCUGAACUCUGGCCAGUACGUGACGUGUGUAGAGACGUACCUGGAGGAUGAGGAGCAGCUGGACCUGGUGGUGAAGUACCUGCAGCGUGUCUACCAAGAGACAGGCAGCCGGGCACUGACGCGGGCCAAUGGUGACAGGGUCCGCUUCAUCCUGGACGUGCUCCUGCCUGAAGCCAUCAUCUGUGCGAUCUCGGCGGUGGACGCAGUGGAUUAUAAGACGGCGGAGGAGAAGUACAUCAAAGGACCUUCACUCAGCUACCGGGAAAAAGCAAUAUUUGAUAACCAGCUCCUAGAAGAAAGGAACCGGCGAUGCUGACGUGGGAAUGGCGGUCACAUGUAGUGACACCCGCCCACAGGCCCUGUUCUGUCGCACUGAAGAUAGGACUUGGGACGUGUGUGUCGGAUCUGCCUGUGGCUUCUCUUUUCCUGGCUUUUUUGGGAAGGUACAGUUUCUGAAAGGUUUUUAAAAGGACAAGAGUGAUUUAUUGCUAUCAUUACCUGUGACUGUACUGAAUAGUUUAAUAUAAGGUACACAUUUGUCUUUUUAUGUUAAAAAGUAUUGUAUCCGAUAUUAAACAGGAGUUUUGAAAAGGAUCUGGUGGGAAUAUAUUGCUCCAGAGGUAUUGGCAUAUUUUUCUAGUUUUCUUUUCUCCUCUGCGUGACUUCUUCUCCCAGUGCUUCCAGAGGACACUGUCUCUCGUCGUGUGUUUCCAAGGAAAAGCAGUGUUCGUAAGACGGGACCAAAGACCACCUGCUGUCUUGUGUUCAUUGUUUGCUGUGUUGCUCAUGUACAACAGCAGAUGGAUGGAGACCUUUCUGCCCAGUCUCGUGCGGGGAGGUGAAUGCCACGGCACCCUGUCCUCUGUGGAUUUCCAUGCGUCUGGCCCAGGGUUGAGUGUUGUGGUCUCGGUAAUCGGCACGGGUAGCUGUGACGAUCCAUGUGGCCACCGCUCCCACACAGGACAGCUAAGGUCACUGUGUGCACAGCCUGGGCUCACUGCCCUGGCCCUUGGUCUGGAAGCCACGGAAGCGGGCUUGCAUGCUUACCCGAAACAUGAGACAUGUCCCAGGGCCCCAAAGGCCCCUGGCUAGGGGCCCCAGCUCUGUGUAGGCCCGUGCCUGUUUUCACUGGCCUGUCCUCGAACAGGUGCCUGUCAGAGCCACACACCGAGUGAUUUAAUCCAAGUUGGUGCGACACUGUAUGUGGCAGUAAACAUUGGUGACAGUAACUUUGAGGCCCUGCCCCAUCAUCAGCACCCUGGCUGUACUGUCACACUUGGGCAGGGUCAGCGCCC